ACGUAACUCCAGAAAUGCCAAAUAAGUUGCAGAUAGAGGGAUGGGAGGACAGUGAAAGCUAAAGAAUCUAUCGUUGUCCACUAAACUUUAAUCAAGUCUCAGCCAUUAAAAUCUGAUCGGAUAAACCUCAGUAAUGUUCUAUGUAUUACUAGUCAUCGACCUCGCCUUAAUUCCCAGCGUUGUUAUUUGUUCAAUUUCCAUGGAUUCUCAUAAAGAAAACCAGCAGAUUCACUUUGUUUUGUUUCCUUUCAUGGCUCAAGGCCACAUGAUCCCGAUGAUCGACAUUGCUAGACUUUUGGCUCAGCAAGGCAUCAUUAUCACCGUACUCACUACCCCUCGCAACGCAGCCCGUUAUCAAACAGUUAUUACUCGCGCCAUCGAUUCCGGGCUUCUUAUCCGGUUAAUUCAACUGAAAUUCCCGUCUGAAGAAGCUGGAUUGCCAGAAGGUUGCGAGAACGUUGACAUGCUACCUUCAUACGGCUUGGCAAUGACCUUCUUUGCUGCCACUGCCCUGCUUCAACCGCAAGUGGAGCAAGUGUUCGAAGAGAUGACCCCCAAGCCAAAUUGCAUAAUCUCUGACAUGUGUCUUCCAUGGACAAUUCACAUUGCUAGCAAGUUUCACAUUCCAAGGCUAUCUUUCGGCGGAACAUGUUGCUUGUCUUUCUUGGUCAUUCAUAAUUUGAACGUAUCCAAUAUUCUUGAAAAUGUAACUUCUGACUCGGAGUACAUUGUUCUGCCUGAGAUGCCAGAUCGAAUAGUGAUGACAAAAGCUCAGCUUCCAGCUGGGGCAGUGACACAAAACGUGAAAGAAUAUAAUGAUCAUAUGGUAGCAGCUGAGAUGGCGUCAUACGGGAUGAUCGUGAAUAGUUUCGAGGAAUUAGAACCAGCAUAUGUUAAAGCAUACAAAAAGGCAAGAAAGGAUAAAGUCUGGUGCAUUGGCCCCGUUUCGCUGUGCAACAAAGAUGACUUGGAUAAGGCACAAAGAGGUAACAAGGCUGCAAUUGAUGCACAUCACUGCUCGGAUUGGCUUGAUUGUCGUGAAUCAGGUUCUGUAGUUUAUGCUUGCCUUGGAAGUUUGUGUAACCUUGUGUCUGAACAACUGAUGGAACUUGGGUUGGGGUUAGAGGCAUCGAAUAAGCCCUUCAUUUGGGUUGUAAGGGGCUGCAACCAAACAGAGGAAUUGAAGACAUGGAUUACAGAAAGCGGAUUUGAGGAGAGGACCAAAGACAGGAGCCUGUUGAUUUGGGGUUGGGCUCUGCAAACACUCAUAUUGUCACACCCUGCCAUUGGAGGGUUAUUAACACACUCUGGAUGGAAUUCAGCAUUGGAAGGGAUAUGCGCCGGCCUGCCCUUGAUCACAUGGCCACUUUUCGGAGAUCAGUUUCUCAAUGAGAAACUUGUUGAACAGAUUCUGAAAAUUGCAGUGAGAGUAGGGAUUGAAAACCCAAUGAAGUGGGGAGAGGAGGAGAAGAUUGGGGUGUUUGUGAAAAAGGAAAAUGUGAAGGUGGCCGUAGAGAAGUUGAUGGACGGAGAAGAAAGCGAAGCAAGAAGAGAGAGAGCCAGAGAGUUGGGAGAGAUGGCAAGGAGAGCAGUAGAGGAAGGGGGAUCUUCUCACCUGAACAUUACACUGCUAAUCCAAGAUAUCAUGCAACAAGGAAAUAAUGGCAGAGAGACAAACUAAGAAGAGAGAUUUUAGGAUUAUGUGUACUGUAUUAGGAUAUUAGGGUUAUACGCAUGCUGGAAGCUUAAGAUAUUAAGAUUGUACUUCAAUACACAUGUUGGGCCCUUUAAAAAAAAAGAAUUAUUAUUAGUAAGGGGAAAAAAAAGAA